AUGCAAAGGCUUUGGUCUCGCGCAGCUCCGGCGACGACCUGCCGUCAAGUCACCCAACCGAACGCCGCUGUGGUUGGUGUCACCCGAGGGGCAACCGCGGCAAGUAAACGACGACUUCGCUUCGCCAAUUCGUUUACCGCAUUCUACUCAAGCAUCUUCGCUGCCGCCGCUCUCGCCGAUGCGCAGGUCAAGGAUAAACGUCGGGUGGAAUGGGAGGAGAGGAUAGCGGCUGUGAAGGAGGAGGUCGAUGUGUUGGUUGGCGAGGAGCAACGACUUAUAUCGGCGCUCGAGUCGCGGAAAGGGCGCCGGGUGGUUGGUGGGACGACAAUUCAAUCUCGAUCAUACAGCACGACGGUUCCCCGCUUCAGCAUAGAUAUGGAUCAUGACCUGGACGAGCAUGAGCUGGUUAAGAGAAGCCUUGCGGAAUUUGACAAUCAGGACGAUGCUGCGGUACGACAACACGAAGCCGAAGAGGAACCCGACGAGUUGAGGACCCCGAUUUGGCUUGCAGGCCCCUCGAUGAAAGAAAAGGCCAUCCGUGUUCUAGCAUUGAAGCAACUCGCAAUUCGACUUAUGCUACGUCCGACUCUUGCCCAUGACUACGAAGGUCUUCCGAUGAAAUAUGCUGGUGAUAACGAUGUGCCUCGCAUAAAGCCAACACGCCUUCUCACAGAGCUGAACAACCUGAGAAAGAGGAUAGAUUUCUUGAGGGAGAAUGAAAACGUGAAUGUCGACGAUAUCAUGCACGCUUUUCGGGCAAAUCCGUAUCAUGUGGUGCGGCAGGAUAAAUUCAAACUUGACAAUGAGAUGGAACAAAUCACCAACAUUUACCUCUCAGGGCGAAUAUCUCUCCAGGAAUACUUGCUCCGAGUAGCGAGCAAUCUCUCGCGAUCUAUCGAACCUGACCGGCCACGGGCAUUCAAAAUCAUGCUUUUGGCUUUCACGCAUACUCGACAGAAUGACCUGGGGCUUAUGGUUCUCCGCACACUGUUUCCGAAUCGAUUCCGACUUAGCUCGCCAUUGAUUAUCACGAUUCUGAAUUUCUAUCGAAAAACCAAGGACCUCCUCAACUUCGACCUUUUCUUGCAAAUGCUUAUAGGAGGAGGAUACCCGGUGAACUUGGGCAAAAUGCCCCACUUCAGACAUAAGGUGAUAAACGGAAUGGACCUGACAAUUCCGCCACUGGAUAGUUCAAACCCAGUUCUUUACGCCGCUCUGAUCUCCGCAUGUCUCCGUUUCGACCAGCCUGAAAGAGCUGAUGCAUAUCUCCAGGCCGCGCGAUUGACCGGCUACAUGGAUGAUUACCACACGCUAUUCGCCUAUCUGAAAUUCUACGCUAUCCGACAAGACUGGUGGAACGGGGUGAAUACAUUGAAGCGAGCUAUUGCCUACAUGGGAUCGACAAGCGUUCACAUUGAGAAAUACGCAGAGAGAUUGAUAUUCUUGAUGGUGCAUUUGUGCGAUUCUUGCGAGAAGUCUGCUGUUUCAGAGGCUAUCAUCAAAGCUGCCGUUGAAAGUGGUUUUGACCCAAGGUUAGGGGAGAGGCAGCAGGAUAUCGAAGACGAGAUCGACCCUCUGUUUGAAAGGUGGAUAGGUGCUUCGAUGAUGUCGGAAUCCGGUAACGAGGGUUUACCAAUUGGAGAGAAAUGCUUCUCGUUUUUACGCAUCGCUGGGGAUGUUGUUAGCGAUCUUGGCGAGUUCCCAGAAGAGCAGAGUCCUGCUCGGUUACGGCGAAAAUGGUCAGGGCACUUCUCACAAUCUCUCCUGUCGUCUGUUCUUUCUGAAAGACGUCCUCAACAUAAUAGCCCCGGUGAAGAUGGCGUAGCUCCUACAGAAGCAGGGACUACUCCUGAAUCACUGAGAAAGGUCAGCAAGAUAACCAAAGAAUCCUACCAAGCUCACGAGAAAACCUCCACAAGGCAAGACGAGGAGAUUCGGUCCCUGAAGUUUGAAGUUUCAGAGCUUAAAGAGAGCCUCGCUUCUGAACGAGGCGCAUUGAACGAGGCAUUACGCUCACUCAAGACUGCGUUAAACGAACUACAUGAAGUUAAGGGCCAAGUCGCUGGUAAUAGCAAGACAGGCCAAUCAAUACAAGCCGACAUUGCGGACUCGACGACCAAUAUAAGGGACCAAGCGGCGAACUUGAAGGCGAAGGCCGGAGUACUCCCAUCGAAACUCGAGUUCAAGCUUGCUAAACAGCAAGCGGCCAGCUUGGACUCUAUACCUCACAGCCGGAAGAAGUGA